AUGGAGGAGAAGAAGGACUCUCUGAGGGGUGUGGCAUUCGCUGCAGUCGUAUUCUCGACGGUGGCAGUUUCUGCCUGCCUAGUCACCUUCCCACUGGUAUUCCACUAUGUUCAAACCCUACAGGCUACGGUUCAGGGAGAAGUUGAGUACUGCAAGUCCCGUUCAAGAGAUAUGUGGCGUGAAAUGGUGGAAGUGGCUCCAGAAGGAGGAGACGACCCUCUAGACAUUCUUCUCCGUACAACUCGUCAAGCCGAAGCCCAGUGCUGUACUUGCCAGCAAGGCCCACCUGGCCCAGACGGUCAGCCAGGACCUGACGGCAAAGAUGGACAACCCGGAGCUGGACCCGGUGAACCUGGACCUCCAGGACCAGAUGCUGAGUUGCACGACCGAUUAUUGCCAGUGCCUCCACAGUGCCCAUGCCAAGCUGCACCUGGUAUGGCUGGACCAGCUGGACCACCUGGACAAGACGGAGCUCCUGGACAACCUGGUGGAAACGGAGGCGAUGGAGCACCAGGUCCACAGGGAGCUGCCGGACCACCCGGACCCCCUGGACAGCCCGGUCAGCCUGGACAGCGUGGACCUCCUGGAGAGCCUGGACAGCUUGUGCCUGGUGGACCCGCUCCAGCUGGUCCACCUGGACCUCCUGGUCGUCCUGGUUCUCCUGGGCAACCCGGAAAAGCUGGAGCACCUGGAAGAGACGGCGAAAAUGGAACACCUGGAAGUCCUGGAGAGCCUGGCCAACGAGGACCACCCGGACCACCCGGUCCUGCUGGUGCCCCUGGAAACGCUGGAGACAACGGCUCGCCUGGCAGUUGCGACCACUGUCCUCCAGCCCGUCUUGCUCCCGGCUAUUGA